GAAAAACAUAGCCUAGCGAGAGGGUGUCUGGGUCCGAGGAGUUUCAGGUUUUUUAUGCAGUACAAAUUGAUGAGAACAGCAGGACGUCGUCCGCGAAGGUUUUUCUUUUCCUUUACCCCGAUGGGAUGGAAAUUUGACCACGACGGAAUGGAAUAAAUGACAACAAAGACGGAAGUGUAAAGACACUCGGUAGCUACCUCCCAGUUCCUAGUUGGAAUCUUGUCAAAGGGGUGACUUUCUUAGAAUUCUCGGGAUGGAGUCGGCAGGGGGGAAUUCCCACAGGUGUUACGAAAGAGCACCAAUAUGGUGAUGAAUUACACAGAAGUGGAAGCAAAAGUUCGAGAAGCUACAAACGAUGAAGCAUGGGGGCCAACAGGCCCCCAAAUGCAAGAAUUAGCACAAUCAACAUUUUAUUAUGAACAAUUCCCUGAGGUGAUGGGAAUGUUGUGGAAGCGUAUGUUACAAGAUAACCGUAAUGCAUGGCGCCGAACCUACAAGUCACUAUUGCUGCUCAAUUAUUUAGUACGCAACGGUUCCGAAAGAGUGGUAACUUCAGCAAGAGAACAUAUAUAUGACUUAAGGACGUUAGAAAACUUCAAAUUUGUAGAUGAGCAUGGCAAAGAUCAAGGACUUAAUAUAAGGAUGAAAGCAAAAGAUCUUAUAGAUUUUAUUCAGGAUGAUAACAGACUUAGAGAAGAACGAAAGAAAGCCAAGAAAAAUAAAGAUAAAUACGUUGGUGUGUCUUCAGAUUCCUUGGGUUUCCGUGGGUCUGGACAAAGUGAUUGGGAAGAUUGGGGCAGUAGUCGAAGAAAACAAGAUGACUUUGAUGCUCAAGGAGGCAACCGUUUUGAGGAUUCCCCAAGCGUUAGUGGAGAUGAAAUUGAGGAGCCUGUGGAUCCAGUUAAUGAAUACAGGGAUGAUGAUGCCAGCCCCAAACAUAAUCCAACCCCAGCUCCAAGUGGUAUAGGCAAAGUUGCUGCACCAACUAAAAAAUCCUCAAAACCCUCAAAAAUGGUAGAUCUAGGUGCAGCAGCAACUUUUGGCAAAGAAUCUGCUCCAUCUCAGACUGCAGCACCAAAGGUUCCAGCAAAGGCAGACCUUUUAGAUGAUCUGUUUGGCAGCCAGACAAGUAAUGGCACAUCCAGUCCAACAAAAAGCCCUGCUGCUGGUGAAGAUGAUUUUGAUCCCAGAGCUGGGGAAGCUGGAGGUAGAUCAAAGGACCCUGACUUUGGUGAUUUCAACACAGCCUUUGGCAGUAAUACAAAUGCUUCAUCGGGGAACGACGACUUUGCAGAUUUUUCCUCCUUUAACCAGAAUGCUCCAGUUCAACCUGCAGGUGGGUCAUCCAAUGCUUCUUUAUUGAUUGGAAUGACCCCCACUCCAGCUGCCCCUGCCUCUUCCAUAACCCCUGUAGUAUCAGCACCUGCAGCCAGUGUCCCAGUAAAUAGUAAUAUGGACCUGUUGGAUGGUUUGUUAGGUGGUGCUGCUACAGCCCCUACCUCAAAUAUGGCUUUGAGUUCUUCUGGUGCUACCAACACGGAUCUCCUUGGUGGUAUAGGAGAUUUAACGGCACCUGCAGCCACUGCAACACCCAUCGUACCAAUGAAUCCAAUGCAAGCUGCAAGGGGAGAUGUUGAUGAGCCUGAAAGAAGAAUACACAAAAACGAUAGAGAUGAUGAAAAGGAAAGUAAAACAGAAGUGAAUCAGAAGCCACAGGGCUCAGAUGUAGCAUCGCUUUUAGCUGAACAGAAGAGGCUCCUCAAGAUAUUGGAAAUGGAGCUCACCAAAGGUCCCCCUAAUAUUAAGUUGGUUAGAUCAACACUGGAAAGCAUGCUUUUUUGGCUUCCUGGGGAAUUCACUCCACAGAAAUAUGCUGGAGUAGACAGUGCAAAUGAGGGUGCUGCAGUGUUUUUCCAGUAUACGUAUGGACAAGUACUUGAGGUACUUGUCAAAAAUUUCAUAAGUGAUGGUGUAUUAAGGAAAGAUUUUCUGUGUAAAAAGUUUGUUUUUGAUUUCCUUGAAAAUGGAUAUCUGGAAGAAAAUAUUAAUUGCUUGAUAAGUGUUGCAUGUAAAGCAGAGGUGAAUAAAAUGAAACUCAUUGUUCAGCUUUUAGAAAAAUUGCUUACAUCCACCUGUUUGAUUAGUUUUUUAUUGAGGUAUUGUUCACAAACUGUGGAUAAGAAGGGAGAAAAAACUUUAUUCGAUGAAACAGUACGACUGUAUGUUUCUUUGCCUGACAGAAUAGCCAACAAACUUGAGAGAGAUUGUCCUGACUUUCUAAUGCCACAAAUGUUUUGCAAAAUAACUUCUUACCACCUUUUACAGGCGAUAUACUUUAUAGCUAGUGGCCUUCGUAAUGAAGUACCUGGAAAUGCUGAACCCAUUGCAAAGCUGUUUGGACGACUGUGUCUUGUCAGUGACACAGAAAUGGUUUUAACAACAAUGGUACCAUGGUUAAAAAUAUGGGGAAUGGGUGAUAUGAUAAUUCAAAGAGUUGUCCACAAAAUGUUUACUCAUGUUCCUGAUGUUGCAUGUGAGAGAGUAAUCACAACAUUAUUGAAGAUGGAAGUUGAUGAUAUGACCUUUUAUAUGCUUUUGGGUGACUGUGGUAUAAAGAAUUCUAAAUUGAAGUAUCUUUUUACACAGAAACUCCUCAUCACUAGGCAUUUACCUUUUGCUUCAUCAGUUCCUACUAUAAUAAGAUACUUAGGAAGAGCACAAAGUAGCCAUGAGGUUCUUAGAAUUGUCUUUCAACAGUUGUUAGAUACUUGGAGUGAUAAGAGUAUCAUGGCACACAAUUCGUUUGAACACCAUGUUCACAUCACUAGAGGCCUUUUAACAUGUAUGGGUCUCUUUACAAAAGCAGAUGUAGAAAACUGUAGAGAUGAAGCCAUUCAGUUGCUGUUGCAUGGAGUUGGAAAUCACUUGGAUGUCCCCAAUCACCAGUCAAAGCUCAUAGGCAUGAUCACAGCAGAGGAAUUGACAAAAGUAUUUAAUGCUGGUGGUCCUGUUUUAAAGUUUGAUUAUGAAGAAUGUGAACUUACCUUGGAGUUGAAGAAAUUAGUGAACCUAUCGGAAAACAAUAAACCUACGUGUAAGGAUAAUACUGAAGUAAAUUUCAGCAAUGAAUGGAUUGGAGAUUUUGAAAGUGAAUUGGUUAAUAUAGGUAUUUUAAAAGUUGACACUGGUUCUAAAGAAAUAAAAUCUGUUCAGAAUAAAGAUUCAGUUCCUUUGGAUGGGAAUUCAGGGAGUCAUGUUAAGAAUGAUGAAUUUAUAAAUAUUUCUGCAAACACACUUCCUGAACAAGAUAAUGAUUCUGAUGAUCUUGACAGUGAUGAUGAUGAAUUCCAGCCUUAUGACAUGUCAGAUGAUAGAAAACAAAUCAAAGUGAAAGAGCCAUCUUAUCCUCAGGAGAUUCUAGAUUACCUGAUAGAGGGAGAAGCAGAUAAAGUAGAAGCUGCAUUAAGGGUUUCUGAGCAAGUUAUUCGUCAGGAAAUCAAGAAGCAAGAUUCAGACUUGGCUGUUGAAAUGGCUAAAGUUGUAUUACAUUUAGAAAACAAAUAUGAUAUUGAAGGCUUUGAGGACAAUAGACUAAACACUUUGGCAGCUCUAACUUCAUCUCAUCCAAUGCAGUGUGCUCUUUAUUUAGGUAGAGAAUUUUAUGAAAGAAAUUAUAAUAUACGUCAGAGAUUGGACAUACUUCAUGCCUUAGGCCACUCAGCUGUUGAACUUUCUGGAUUUGGUUCUGGCAGGUCUUCUGACUUUACUCCUAGUAAAAGCAAAAAGAAGGAAGUUUUAAACAACAAAAAUGAAAUGAAAGAAGUUGCAGGCUCUUUUUUCUAUCCCCUCGUGCAUGGAUUGUCAUUUGUACAGCCACAUCUUGAUUUGCUAGGCUGUGAUCGUUUUCUUUUGUGUGACCUCCUAAAAACCCUUGGCCUUAUUGUAAGUGUUACGGGUCAGUGUGAACUCAGUCUCAAGAUGGCUGGAUGUCUUUUGGAGGUAACAUGGCCUCUUCGCACUCAUGAAGAUGCUGAUGUGCGUGCUGCUUGCCUGGAAGCUUUGUCUUCAGGUUUAGAAGUGGUUCCAGAUUCUAUGCUAUUGGCAUUAGUUCCAGGGGAAGUGGUUGAGUUACGUCAGUGGUUAGGAAUUACUUUAGAGAAAGAGGAAGAUAAGAAAUGCCAGCUUUUAGGGAUGAAGUUGGCAUUAAAAUUAGAUAAGUGUUUCAAAGAGCAGAUUGGUAUUCAUUAGUAAUUUACCUCAGAUCAUUGAGGGUUGUUUGAAGAAGACUACAUCAAACAGUUUUAUGAUGCACCUAUAAAACACUGGUAUAAACAACAGUUAACAAUGUGUAGUGGUGUUUGUGAGUACCUUAAAGUGUGUAAAAUGUUCAAGAGUUUACUAGAUAUUAUCUGGCUACUGGAUCCCAGAGGAGUGAAUAACAUCUGCAAAUAAUUUUAUUCAUCCCAUAGGCAGAAAAAUAAGUUGUGAGUAUAUGAGUUGCUGAGUAAUUCACAUCUGCUCAUUAUGUAAUAUAUAAAAAUUAUAUUUAUUGUAUUGUCUCACAAAACAGUGUCAUUCCUUUUAUCUUUUAUAAAUAAUGAACUAUUAGAAUUUUUAACGCAGCAAGUGUAAUUACCCAGUCUCUUUCCAACUUGGAAUUAGGAAGAAUAAAAUGGUAAGACAGUUUAGUUUGCAUUGCUGAACAAAUAAAUUACAUAUUAAUUUGCAUAGUGUUAUGCCAAUUCAGGUUGAAAAUUUUAAGUAAUAAGUAUGAGCCAUCUAUCUAUGGUAAUGUUCUUGACAUUGGAGUAGAGCAAAUUUGUUAAGUUUUUUUUCUGGAAAGUAUAGCUAAUGUUGGAACAAGACGGGUUAUUUCAGACAUGUUUGUUUAAUAAAAAAUGUUCGACUAUAUUGUAUGUUAUAGUAGUGGUAUUUGAGAGCAUUGAGGCUUCAUGGUACUUAUCUUACCUUUCUGCAGUACUGUCACAUGUGCCCACAUAGAGAACCACCAAAAAAGUCAUUAACGGGUUUCACAGACACAUAAUUCGGUGAUAGCACACACAAGUCCUGCAUUGGCUGGGUAUUUACUGUAGUUGAGCAGUGGGUAUACUAUUUUUGUAUCCUUUUUUUAUUGUUUUUCGUGCUAUUGAAGCUGCUGUUGGAUUGAAAAUGAUCCUGAAUGACUUAAUUUGUCAGCCAUCCUAUGCAUUGAAGUAUUUGUCAUUGUUAGAUUAGAGCUUUAAAGAACUUGAAAAUUUUCAGUUUGCCCUCUAUAUAUAAAUCAUUUGUGAUGUGAAAGGCCACAUAAAAUUUUUUUUUUUAAUAUAAAACUGUUUAGGGUCAAACAAAAUUUUCACGUUGCAUAAAUUACUUUUUAAGGUUCAGCACGUACUUACAUUUGUUCGUUUGUCCACCUCAUUAAAUUAGAUUUUUGGGGUUAAUUUUGAUUUAAAGUUGGAUCAAGUAAAGCAGAAUCAUCUUUGUAAAACUAGUAGUUUUACACCCUUGUAUAUCUUCAUCAAACUUUCUGUAUGUAUAUAGUACUAGUUUAUAUUUUGUAUACUGUGAAAAUGAUUAUAUAGUGAAUACUUCGAAUAUGGAAGCACAAAAUAAAAGUUGUAAUACUUUGA